GGAACAGCAACGGAGGCUCCGAAGUUCUUCACAGCAAUAAUUCCUUAAUGAUUUAUUACGAUUGAUGAUAUUGCGACUCUUAACUCUUAUACCACGCGGCUCUCUGAAUUCCACCUUUGUUUCUCGGGCGAUGUCGUCGCGCGCGCAACUUAGUCUAAGCGGAAUAGCAUAACCUGCCCCGACGGGGUCCCACGAAUUUCAACCGCGAUGCAGUGCUAUACUGAAUUACUCCCCCCGACGGGAGUCACUCAUGCAUUGGCCGUGCCCUUUCUCUCCGUAACGGCCAGUAACCUGAUCGUUGCCCGGACGUCGCAGCUUCAGAUAUUUUCCGUGCGCACUGUCCCGUCUCGCUCAGAGAAACCGGAUUCCGGAUUGAUUCACCAAGGGCAAAGCACGGACAAGCUGGUCUUGGAAAGGGAAUACUCGUUGCCUGGAACAAUAACGGAUCUUUGCCGCGUCAAGAUCCUGAAUACCAAAAGCGGCGGAGAGGGCGUACUUAUUGCCUUUCGUGAUGCUAAACUUAGCUUGAUCGAGUGGGAUCCAGAGCGUUACGGCAUCUGCACCAUCUCAAUUCACUAUUAUGAACGCGAUGAUAUGACCCGUAGUCCAUGGGCAUCUGACUUGGCCAACUACGGCAGUAUACUGAGCGCAGACCCGAGCAGUAGAUGCGCGGUUUUCCAGUUCGGGGCUCGAAACCUCGCCAUUAUACCAUUCCACCAGGCAGGAGAUGACCUAGUGAUGGACGAAUAUGGAGCAAACCUUGAUGACGAGAAUCUAGAAAGCGGUGGCUCAAAGAUUCGCGAUGAAACUAAAGACAAAGUCGCUACUGCACAUCAUACUCCUUAUGCUUCAUCAUUCGUCUUACCAUUGACUGCGCUGGAUCCAUCAAUCAUUCAUCCCAAAAGUCUAGCUUUUCUCUAUGAGUAUAGGGAGCCAACUUUUGGUAUAUUGUACUCGCAGGUCGCAACUUCAACGGCUCUACUCCACGAACGGAAGGAUGUUGUCUAUUACACGGUUUUUACACUUGAUUUGGAACAGCGAGCCUCUACAACCUUACUUUCCGUUACUAGACUACCUAGCGACUUGUUCAAAGUGGUGGCUCUGCCACCCCCUGUCGGCGGGUCGCUACUUAUCGGAUCUAACGAACUCGUGCAUGUCGACCAGGCAGGCAAAACCAAUGCUGUGGGGGUCAACGAGUUCUCUAGACAGGCAUCUUCUUUCUCUAUGACUGAUCAAUCAGACUUGUCUCUACGGUUGGAAAACUGUGUCGUGGAGAGGGUUUCUGAGGGUAAUGGAGAUCUGCUUUUAGUCCUCUCCACCGGGAAAAUGGCGAUUGUUAGCUUUAAGCUUGACGGGAGGUCAGUCUCUGGAAUCUCUGUUGUUCUCCUAGCAAAGAAAACAGAAUCUUUCAUGUCUUCUACCGCCUCGUCCUCUGCUUUCCUCGGUGACGGGAGGGUCUUCUUUGGUAGCGAGGAUGCGGAUUCCGUGCUUUUGGGUUGGCCACAUGCUUCUUCGUCCACGAAGAAGUCCAAAUCCCUGGCGAAACAUACGGCGAAUGCUUCAGGAGACCUCUCGGACGAUAGCGAUGAUGACGUCUAUGAGGAUGAUCUCUAUUCUUCUGCGCCUGACACAACAACGAACAAUCGACAGGCUCAGGCGAUCAAUUCUUCUUCCGCAGGGUUGGAAAGUCUACAGGUUCACGACAGGCUGUUUAGCCCUGGUCCUAUACGCGACAUUGUGAUGGGAAAGAACUCCGCAGUCAUUACGGACGGCGGGCAAUCAGAGAACAAGGUAUCUGAUCUUGAACUCGUUGCAGCGCAGGGCUCUGAUGAGGGUGGCGCAUUGGUAGUUAUGAAUCGGGAAAUUGACCCAUUGGUUCUUGAUUCAAUGCGCACGGAUUCAGCGGAUGCUCUCUGGACGGUCUCUAUAGCCCAACCCCUAGGCGGUGACAAUGAGCAAAGAUAUCGCGACUUUGUCAUAUUAUCAAAGCAAGAAGGUGCCGACAAGGAGGAAUCUGAGGUGUUCAUCCUAGAAGAUGGAUUGAAACAAUUCCCGGCGCCAGAGUUCAACCCUAACCACGACUUGACUGUAGAAAUCGGAGCUUUGCCGAGCAAGAAAAGAGUGAUUCAGAUCUUACGGAAUGAGGUCCGAAGUUAUGAUGCUGACCUGGGGUUGGCCCAGAUUUAUCCUAUAUGGGAUGAUGAGACCAACGAAGAACGGGUGGCUGUCAGUGCCAGUAUUGCGGAUCCUUAUCUGGCUAUCAUACGUGACGAUUCAUCGUUAUUGCUACUCCAAGUCGAUGAAAGCGGUGAUCUAGAUGAAGUGGCGGUACCGGAAGAUGCCGCCGCUCGAAAGUGGCUGUCCGCUUCCAUAUACCUCGACAAGAAUGGCCUUUUCGCGUUUUCAAAGCCUAAUACAUCCAACUCGCCCGAGGGCAGCACGGUUUUAUUCCUGCUGAGUCAAGAUCACCAAUUAUUUAUAUACCAAUUGCCAGACCAAAAGCUUGCCUCAAUCAUUGAAGGUGUCAGUUGCUUGCCGCCUAUCCUGUCGACUGAGCUACCGAAACGAUCUACUACGCGCGAGCGUUUGGUACAGGUAACUGUUGCAGACCUCGGUGAUCUCUGGAGCAGUAUGCCCUACCUGAUUUUGCGGACCGAGACCGAUGACAUCGUGGUGUAUAGACCGUUCCUCGGUACCUCUCCCGGCGAGGAACCAGGUGGCCUCAAGUUCUUUAAAGAGUCGAACCAUGUUCUUCCAAGUAUUCCUACCAAGGCAGAUGACGAGCAGUCAAACUUGAAGCCUCUUCGCAUUCUAACGAACAUCUCGGGGUACUGCACCAUCUUCCUGCCUGGGCCGUCAGCGGGGUUUGUCUUUCGGACUCCAACGGCUUCGCCUCAUUUUAUGCGUCUAAGAGGUGGUCAUGUCGGAGGCCUUGGGUCCUUCAGUAGCCCCGAUAAAGGAUUCGCGUAUCUUGACUCGAAUGGUGUCGUCCGGCUCGCAAAACUGCCUAGAGAAACACAACUAGGACACCCAUGGACAAUGAGAAGGGUGCCGAUAGGGGAGCAGAUUGAUCAGCUAACGUAUUCCUCUGCUUCUGAAACGUACGUCCUGGGUACCUGCACGCGAGCCUCGUUCAAAUUACCAGACGACGAUGAGUUACACCCCGAAUGGCGGAACGAAGUGAUAUCUUUUUUACCUGAGGUGGAUCAAAGCUCUCUGAAAGUUGUCAGCCCCAAAACAUGGUCUGUGAUUGAUAGUUAUUCUCUCGAUCCCACCGAACACAUUAUGGCCAUGAAGACCAUGAGCCUUGAGGUGUCUGAGAAUACACAUGAACGCAGGGACAUGGUUGUGGUAGGCACUGCAAUCACGCGCGGUGAAGACAUACCUUCGCGGGGCUGCAUAUAUGUCUUUGAGGUGAUCAAAGUGGUCCCUGACCCGGAGCACCCGGAAACAGACCGUAAGUUGAAGCUUAUCGGCAAAGAACCUGUCAAGGGAGCCGUGACGGCACUCUCCGAGAUUGGUGAACAGGGCUUCCUGAUCGCCGCUCAAGGACAAAAGUGUUUAGUUAGAGGCCUCAAGGAGGACGGGUCCCUUUUACCGGUUGCAUUCAUGGAUAUGCAAUGCUAUGUUAGCGUGACCAAGGAGCUCAAAGGAACCGGAAUGUGUAUCCUAGGAGAUGCCGUCAAAGGUAUCUGGUUUGCAGGCUACUCGGAGGAGCCCUAUAAAAUGAGCCUCUUCGCCAAGGACCUCGAUUAUCUCGAGGUAUCAGCGGCAGACUUCCUCCCGGACGACAACAAGCUCUUCAUCGUCGUCGCCGACAGCGAAUGCAAUCUCUACAUCCUCCAAUACGAUCCUGAAGACCCCAACUCCUCCAACGGCGACAAACUCCUCAACCGCAGCAAAUUCCACACAGGCAACUCCAUCUCAACCGUAACCCUCCUCCCGCGCACCCUCGUCUCCUCCGAGCGCGCCAUCUCCGGCUCCAGCCCAGACGACGAAAUGGACAUUGACAGCGCCGCCCCGCUCCACCAAGUUCUCGUCACCUCCCACAACGGCUCCAUCGGCCUCGUCACCUGCGUCCCCGAGGAAUCCUACCGCCGCCUCUCGGCUCUCCAGUCUCAACUCACUAAUACGCUCGAACACCCCUGCGGUCUGAACCCCAGGGCGCACCGCGCUGUUGAGAGCGAUGCCAGUGCCGGAAGGGGCAUGCUUGAUGGCAACUUGCUCUUCCAGUACCUGGAUAUGAGCAAGCAGCGAAAGGCCGAGAUCGCUGGGCGGGUUGGCGCGAAGGAGUGGGAGAUUAGGGCGGAUCUUGAGGUUGUUGGCGGAGAUGGGCUUGGGUACCUUUGAUUGAUGAAACUGAAAAAGGCAGAUACUUGCUGAGCGUGGUUGGAGCAAUUGGCGGGAUUUCUACUAAUCUGGGCUGUUUUCUAACAUAUCUGAGGUUUUCGUGUAAUGAACAAAAUAUAUACUAGACCGCGUAUGCCUACCUACAUAUGCUUCCUUAUACAUUCGUUUCUGCAUUAUUAUUCGAUCUCCAAGAACCUUCUUUUUUUUUUUUUUUUGUUU